AUGACAAGUGUAAAGGAUGAUGCUAAUCACGAUGCUUCUACCGCAAACACACUUUUGAAUCAUCAACCUUUGGUGCAGGACCCUAUGGUGCUUGAAACUUAUGAUGACGCCACACAAGUUGAGACACCAUUGGCUGUGCCAAUCACUGGUGACCAUUUCGAUCGCAUCAGAACAAACUCAUUGGACUCCUUCGAUAUCAAUGGCGAGGACUGGGAACACCCAGGUCAUGUGGGCACUAACACCACAUCCGUCUCCUCAAAAUUACUGCUAUUCAUUCUGAAAACCCGACAGUUUUAUCAUUACGUCAUCUUACCCAAUGUUGGACUCGCCCUUCUUCUUUUAUCGCAGUUUCUCAAUAGUAUUAUGGUGACGACUUGCAAAUUACUCGUCACCGAUAAAGACUUUAAUGUCCCCAUCCAUCCCUUGCAAAUCUUAUUUAUUCGAAUGUUUGUCACCUACAUUUGCUGCUUGAUAUAUAUGGGUGUCACACGAUCCGUUGAGGAUGCACCUUUUGGCCCACCCAGAGUUCGUAAACUUUUAGUGAUGAGAGGACUCGUUGGUUUUUUUGGUGUUUUUGGAAUGUACUUUUCAUUGCAAUAUUUGAGUCUAUCAGAUGCAGUGGCAAUCACUUUUUUAGUGCCAAUGUUCACCGCAUUUUUGGCCUUUGUCAUCUUGAAAGAAAGUUACUCCAUUUUGGAAGGAGUCUGCUCCUUCCUCUCGUUAGGAGGUGUCUUGCUUAUUGCGAAACCAUCCUUCUUGUUUGGCGAUGAGCCUGCCAAAGAAAAUGAUGGUGACGAAACUGUCGAGAGUGCUUCUUCCGGUAAAAGAAUCUUGGCCACUGUUGUUGGGCUUAUUGGUGUAUGUGGUGCCUCGUGCGUCUAUAUCGUUUUGCGGAAAAUUGGAAUGCACGCCCAUCCAUUGCUCUCGGUGAGCUACUUUGCCUUGACUUGUUGUGUAGUGACCUUUGCUUCCAUUUUGGUAAUACCUUCCCUUUCAUUCGUGCUUCCAUCAAAUGGGUACCAAUGGUUCCUAUUCAGUGUGAUUGGAAUAUCAGGUUUUUUCAUGCAGUUUAGCUUAACUGCAGGCGUGCAACGAGUGAAAGCGUCGCGUGCAUCAUUAAUGGCGUACACCGGAAUGGUGUUUGCCAUUAUAUGGGACUUGACCAUAUGGCAUCAUCUUCCAGGAAUCUUAUCCUUCCUUGGUAUUGCGUUGAUCAUUGGUAAUGCUGUAAUCAUUUUGAAAUUUAAGCCAGAAUACAAAGAGGAAACUAACGCAGAUGCAAAAGAUUCUGAUAUGGAGAGAAAUGGUGCUUACGAUAAGAUUGGUAAUGACCCAAUUGCGAUGCAGGAUUUCAUCAUCACUGAUGAUGACGACGACGAAAAUGAAAAUGAUGAUGACGUCUCGGAUGAGGAUACUACUUCAGCCCGUAAUAAAGAGCCAAAAAGACACUAA